GGCAGCGGGUGAGAGUUCAGAGUUCAGCAGCAGCAGCCCGAGCCCAUGAUUCCCAUAUGCCCUGUAGUUUCUUUCACCUAUGUGCCCAGCCGGCUGGGGGAAGAUGCCAAAAUGGCGACCGGCAACUACUUUGGAUUCACCCACAGCGGGGCGGCGGCGGCGGCGGCUGCGGCCCAGUAUAGCCAGCAGCCAGCUUCGGGUGUAGCCUAUUCUCAUCCAACUACAGUUGCUAGCUACACUGUCCAUCAGGCUCCAGUAGCUGCUCACACAGUUACUGCUGCCUAUGCACCAGCAGCCGCCACAGUUGCAGUUGCCAGGCCUGCUCCAGUAGCUGUUGCAGCUGCUGCAACAGCUGCUGCAUAUGGAGGCUACCCCACUGCACACACAGCAACUGACUAUGGUUAUACCCAGAGACAACAAGAGGCACCACCACCACCACCUCCAGCUACUACACAAAACUACCAGGACUCGUAUUCAUAUGUAAGAUCCACAGCUCCUGCUGUAGCUUACGAUAGUAAGCAGUACUACCAACAACCAACAGCAACUGCUGCUGCUGUAGCUGCCGCUGCCCAGCCUCAGCCUUCUGUUGCUGAAACCUACUACCAGACAGCCCCCAAAGCAGGUUAUAGCCAAGGUGCAACUCAGUAUACUCAAGCCCAGCAAACUCGACAAGUGACAGCCAUAAAACCAGCCACACCAAGUCCAGCUACCACUACUUUCUCCAUUUAUCCUGUAUCCUCCACCGUACAGCCAGUAGCAGCUGCGGCUACUGUGGUGCCAUCUUAUACUCAGAGUGCUACUUACAGUACCACAGCAGUUACUUAUUCUGGUACGUCUUAUUCAGGUUAUGAAGCAGCAGUGUAUUCAGCUGCAUCUUCCUACUAUCAACAGCAGCAGCAGCAACAGAAGCAGGCAGCAGCAGCAGCUGCUGCUGCUGCUGCAACAGCUGCCUGGACAGGGACCACCUUUACUAAAAAAGCACCAUUCCAAAAUAAACAACUGAAACCAAAACAGCCUCCCAAACCACCCCAGAUUCACUAUUGUGAUGUUUGUAAGAUCAGCUGUGCUGGACCACAGACUUAUAAAGAACAUUUAGAAGGACAGAAACAUAAAAAAAAAGAAGCUGCACUGAAAGCCUCACAAAAUACCAGCAGCAGCAACAACUCUACUCGUGGGACUCAAAAUCAGCUACGUUGUGAGCUCUGUGAUGUGUCUUGUACAGGAGCAGAUGCAUAUGCUGCCCACAUUCGUGGUGCUAAGCAUCAGAAAGUGGUUAAAUUACACACAAAACUUGGUAAACCUAUUCCUUCAACAGAACCAAACGUUGUUAGCCAAGCUACAUCUUCAACAGCUGUAUCUGCUUCAAAACCAACUGCCUCUCCUUCAAGCAUUGCAGCAAGCAAUUGUACUGUGAAUACUUCAUCAAUUGCAACUUCUUCAGUAAAGGGUCUCACGACUACAGGAAACUCGUCUCUUAAUAGCACAUCUAACACUAAAGUAUCAGCAGUGCCUACAAAUAUGGCUGCCAAGAAAACAUCUACCCCCAAAAUAAACUUUGUCGGUGGUAAUAAGCUGCAGUCAACAGGAAAUAAAUCAGACGACUUAAAAGGAACUGAAUGUGUUAAAAGCACUCCUGUCACUUCUGCCGUCCAAAUUCCAGAAGUAAAGCCAGAUACAGUAUCAGAACCAGUCACACCUGCGUCUCUUGCUGCUUUGCAGAGUGAUGUGCAGCCAGUGGGCCAUGAUUAUGUGGAGGAGGUACGAAAUGAUGAAGGAAAAGUAAUUCGCUUCCAUUGUAAAUUAUGUGAGUGCAGCUUUAAUGAUCCCAAUGCUAAGGAGAUGCACUUAAAAGGGCGAAGACACAGACUUCAAUAUAAAAAAAAAGUAAAUCCAGAUUUGCAAGUAGAAGUAAAGCCUAGUAUUCGAGCAAGAAAAAUUCAAGAAGAGAAAAUGAGGAAGCAAAUGCAGAAGGAGGAGUACUGGCGAAGACGAGAGGAAGAGGAACGCUGGAGAAUGGAAAUGAGACGUUACGAAGAGGACAUGUACUGGAGGAGAAUGGAAGAGGAACAACAUCAUUGGGAUGAUCGCCGCCGAAUGCCCGAUGGAGGCUAUCCUCAUGGUCCUCCAGGCCCACUGGGCCUUCUGGGAGUCCGACCAGGCAUGCCUCCUCAGCCACAGGGACCUGCACCCUUACGUCGUCCUGACUCAUCUGAUGACCGUUACGUAAUGACAAAACAUGCAACCAUUUAUCCAACUGAAGAGGAGUUACAAGCAGUUCAGAAAAUUGUUUCUAUCACUGAACGUGCUUUAAAACUUGUUUCAGACAGUUUGUCUGAACACGAGAAGAGUAAGAGCAAAGACGGAGAUGAUAAGAAGGAGGGAGGUAAAGACAGAGCUUUGAAAGGAGUUUUGCGAGUGGGAGUAUUGGCAAAAGGAUUACUUCUCCGAGGAGAUAGAAAUGUCAACCUUGUUUUGCUGUGCUCGGAGAAACCGUCAAAGACGUUAUUAAGCCGUAUUGCAGAAAACCUACCCAAACAGCUUGCUGUUAUAAGCCCUGAGAAGUAUGACAUAAAAUGUGCCGUAUCUGAAGCGGCAAUAAUUUUGAAUUCGUGUGUGGAACCCAAAAUGCAAGUCACUAUUACCCUGACGUCUCCAAUUAUUCGAGAAGAGAACAUGAGGGAAGGAGAUGUAACCUCGGGUAUGGUGAAAGACCCACCGGACGUCUUGGACAGGCAAAAAUGCCUUGACGCUCUGGCUGCUCUACGCCACGCUAAGUGGUUCCAGGCUAGAGCUAAUGGUCUGCAGUCCUGUGUGAUUAUCAUACGUAUUCUUCGUGAUCUCUGUCAGCGAGUUCCAACUUGGUCUGAUUUUCCAAGCUGGGCUAUGGAGUUAUUAGUAGAGAAAGCAAUCAGUAGUGCUUCUAGUCCUCAGAGCCCUGGGGAUGCGCUGAGAAGAGUUUUUGAAUGCAUUUCUUCAGGGAUUAUUCUUAAAGGUAGUCCCGGACUUCUGGAUCCUUGUGAAAAGGAUCCCUUUGAUACCUUAGCAACAAUGACUGACCAGCAGCGUGAAGACAUCACAUCCAGUGCACAGGUACUAGUAUUCCUAAGUCCAAAGCUUUGUUGA